AUGCCCCCUUCGUAUUCGCGUCACGCCUACUUUUCGGAGUUGAAGUUCCCGGACGUCGACAGCAUUGACGUGUUGAACGGCAAAUCCAAUUUUCACCAAUGGCACUCUGACAUUCAGCCAGUUCUGCUGUCCAAUCCCCAUUCUUCAGAUCUAAUCCUGGGCAGUUGGACGGAACCUGAUUGUCCCCCAUUGUGGACCAUGGAGGACCAGGCGUCGUUCGACGAGGAGCGCAGAGAAUGGCACGCUGCAAAUACAGCCACUUGUCGCUUCAUUCGCGCGACGUUGGCCACUAAUGUUUGUCCGUUCGUGCGCCAAUACACCACUGCAAAGACGCUCUUCUUAAAUCUCGUGUGGCUGUACGGCGAAGACGCCGGGAUUGACACUCAGGGUGGCCCUCCGGUGCCUGCGAACGCGGAGAACCUACAUCCCAAGAAAGGCCGUGCCGGUUUGCUGGCAGCUCUCGAGGCCAAGAGGUCUAUGGAGUAUCUGCUUCCUGUCUGCGCGAGCCUCCCACCACCAGCUUUUUCUGCACGUGCUCAGGGAAAGGACAAACACAACGACACCAAAGUCACGGCGCCGUCUGCUUUUGACACGGAUCCUCCUAUCACUCGUGGCAAAUCGGCAAUCAAAUGGCAGUCAAUAACGACCCCGGAGCCCUCCUCGAACGCUCCCACCGGUCCUCUGUUCGAUCAGACCCGCCUCGCUUCUCAUGUCAGCUUGGAAACCAUCCACGAACACGACGACGAGCCGCACCCGGGCAGACGUGUGCCGUCCGGGUAUGCGAUCGACUUCGACUACCGCGGACUUUCUCGGGGAGAUGGUCAGGAGCGGUCGGGCAGUGGGAGCCUCAGCCCCAUUACUUCCUCUUCCGACUCUGGUAGUAAAUAUGACAUUGAUGAUGACGAGGUGCGUCUUCUUCUCCCUUCCUCCUCCUCCUCCUCCUCCUCCUCCUCCUCCUCCUCCAGCAGCAAGCGAGUGACAAGUCCCUCGCGCAUUGUAUCCAUUGGCGUCUCCAGCACCGCUGACGUUUGGGGCCACCAGGACCAACGCGACCUCGAAGACAUCGAAUUUGAGAUCGCGGCCGCCGGAGGGUCCACCUCGCGAUCAAAGAAACGCCAGGCAUCCGGCAGCAGCAGCGUUCGCGACGCCGAUCUCGAGCCCCCGAGGCCGGCAAAGACAGCAGCGGCAGGCAUCACUUCCAUUUUGAAAAGUGUCACCGCUACCACCAGCACCAACACCACCAGCACCAACACCACGGCCCGGAAGCGGGACAAGUUCACUUUCUCGUUCCCGCUGCGGCGGUUGAAUCCAGAAAAGGAGCAAACCAAGGGCAAGGGAAAGGACAAGAGAAAGGCAACGAGUGGUUGA